CGCAGUCGCGGCCCCUUUCCCCGCCCUUUCUCUUCCCGGUUUUCCCCUCAGCUGCUGGACGCUCGGUCAGUGGCAGCUUCCGGUAGGAGCGCCGCGAAGCGCGACCCGGUCUCUGCUCACUGUCANGUCCUACGGUCCCUUAGACAUGUAUCGGAACCCCGGGCCGUCGGGGCCUCAGCCCCGGGACUUCAACAGCAUCAUCCAAACAUGCAGUGGCAACAUCCAGCGGAUCAGCCAAGCCACUGCUCAGAUAAAGAAUUUGAUGAGCCAACUUGGAACUAAGCAGGACUCAAGCAAACUCCAGGAAAAUUUGCAACAGUUACAGCACUCUACAAAUCAGCUCGCCAAGGAAACAAAUGAGUUACUGAAGGAAUUAGGGUCCUUGCCCCUACCCUUGUCUGCAUCAGAGCAGCGCCAGCAGAAGCUUCAGAAGGAGCGGCUCAUGAAUGACUUCUCGUCGGCCUUGAACAAUUUCNAGGUUGUGCAGAGAAAGGUAUCUGAGAAGGAAAAGGAGAGCAUCGCGAGAGCGAGAGCUGGAUCUCGUCUUUCUGCAGAAGACAGGCAGAGAGAAGAGCAGCUCGUCUCAUUUGACAGCCAUGAAGAGUGGAACCAAAUGCAGAGCCAGGAGGAAGAGGCAGCCAUCACUGAGCAAGACCUGGAACUUAUCAAAGAGAGGGAGACGAUUCGGCAGCUGGAGGCUGACAUUUUGGAUGUCAAUCAGAUAUUUAAAGAUUUAGCUAUGAUGAUCCAUGACCAAGGUGAUAUGAUCGAUAGCAUAGAAGCCAAUGUGGAAAGCUCGGAGGUGCAUGUUGAAAGAGCCACUGAUCAGCUACAAAGAGCUGCUUACUAUCAGAAAAAAUCUCGCAAGAAGAUGUGUAUCCUCGUGCUUGUCCUGUCAGUGAUUGUUACAGUCUUGGUAGUUGUUAUCUGGGUUGCUUCUAAAUGAAGUGUGCUUGCCUCAGAGCCUCCUCCUGCUGUGUUGUUUUCAAGGGCAAGUGCUUGAUAG